AUGAUUCGUGCCGAUCAUGUUUCCUACCGUGACUUCAUCCUGCAGCUGAACAAACAGGCAUCACGCUGCAACUAUGGUGAUCACCUGGAAGAACAAAUGUGUGGUCGCUUGGUGGCAAGCAUUAAUAAUCUGACUCUCCAACGAAAGUUGCUAGAGAAGAAAGAUUUAACUUUUGCCGAGGCCCGCAAGAUCUGUGAGCAACACGAUGACCUGACGAAAGCUACUUCCAGCGACGCAGUCACAUUAUUUCAACGGCAGAAGACACGACCGAACCGACCUCCAAUGGCCAAGUGUAUACCGAAGCCGCAGCAAAACUCUUCAGGCAACGAUAAACGUAUCAAUCCGUGUUUGUCAUACUGA